AAAGUAGCUUCUAACACGCCCAUCACCUCAUCUGAACAAAGCCAUUGAACCCAAUUGUCUUAAUACCGCCGGUGGUAGCCAUUUUGCAAUACGUAUCACACAUAGUGGACAUUUUAUUGAUCCCCACGAAUUUACCCUCGCAAUGGCCUAUACCGCAGAGCUCCGACUCGCCCUGCGCGCCGUCCACCGUGCAUCCAUCCUCACCAAGUCGGUGCUCCGGAACCUCUCCAACAAUGUGUCUGCCGAAACCAAGGCAGACGACAGUCCCGUCACGAUUGCAGACUUUGCCGCACAAGCGCUUCUCAUCUCCGCACUUCAUGCCGUGUAUCCUCACGACGCCUUUCUGGGCGAGGAGAGCGCAGAUGCACUGCGCCAAAAUGAGGCCCUGGCUGACCGGGUAUGGCAGCUUGUACAACAGGCAAAAGAGGAGGCUGAUGCGCGUGUGGCUGCAAACGGCAAAGAUGAGGAGGCGACUGCGAGCACGGCUGCUGCGCACGACCUGAACGAGGGCCCAGUGCUAGCGUUUCCCGCAUCCAAGGACGACAUGUUCGAUCUGAUUGACCGGGGCGGCAACGGCCAAGUCACGGCAUCAGGACGUGUCUGGGUCAUGGAUCCUGUCGAUGGCACUGCAACGUUUAUGCGGGGCCAGCAGUACGCCGUUUGUCUGUGUUUGCUCGUCGAUGGUGUACAGCAAGUAGGCGUGAUUGCGUGUCCGAACCUCGCAUUCCCCCUGCAAGGCACCCUGGGCUCGAUACGCAUCACCGAAGACGACGUCGACAGCGACGGUUAUGGUGUGGUUCUUUCCGCCGUCAAGGGUCAAGGCACGUUUUUGCGUACCAUGGAAGCCAGUGGUCCUGGAGCCCACGCCCGACACGUGGACCUGACUACGCUACCGCCCAAGCAGACCUCUGACCUAAACUUUGUCGAGGCCACGAUUGGCAAGACGUCGCUCUCGCAGACUGAACACGAAGCCGUUGCCACUGCCCUCGGUGCAAGCUGGCCAGGCACCGUGCUCUGGUCCCAGCAGAUGAAAUACGUGGCUCUCACCCUCGGCGCAACAGACGUCAUGGUGCGCAUCCCAAAGACGCUCGACCGCUUCACUUGCAUCUGGGACCAUGCCGGCGGCCACUUGCUCUUCCAGGAGGCUGGCGGCAUCAUUAGCGACUUCCGCGGCGAGCAGAUUGACUUUUCCGCUGGCCGCAAGAUCAAAGGUGAGCGCAAUUGGGGCAUGAUUGCAUGCAUGCCGGCUGUGUUUGACCAAGUCGGUACCGCCGUCAAGCACGUAUUGAACCAGCGGGACGACAAGAAGAGCUAGAAGCCAACGAACCGUUCUUUCAAUCCCACCCCAAAAGUAAAAAAAAAAAAGGGUUACUAGCUCCCCCCUCCCCACCGCCAACCAUACAUGUGCAUGUGUGGUUACCCAUUGCCACUCUAUAAUGGACAAUGGCAAUGUAGCAUCGCCCUUUUUUUCCGUUCCAUUUGAACCACAUGCCAAAUCAUUCCCCACCCCAAAAAAUACCUUCAAUCAUGCCAUUUUCCUCUCUCUCUCUCUUCCCGUAUCAUCCCUCACGCUAUCUACUUACUACCACAUCAUCAGCACCCUCUACUACCUAAAAUAAAAAUAAAACCGGGGCCA